UGUGUGUCCUUAGCAACGCAAACAGGACUCUGCGCGGCGUUCUAGUGUUCAGGGGAGAGAAAGUGAUUAGAAAGCCUGUGAUUUAUUAUAAUUGUAGUUAUUCUAAAGGUUUCAUCCUGGCGCUGUGCUCCGUGUCGCCGUGUGCAAACAUGAGAAGUUUUGACAGAGUGAAACCCAAACUGAAGACGGAGGGUUUUACUGUCAAAUCAACCAUGAAGAACUCAGUGGUGGUGGGUCCUCCUUCAGCCGGAGCCUUCAGAGAGCGCCCAGCCAGACCCACAUCUUUCCGAAAGUUCUACGAACGUGGAGAUUUCCCCAUCGCGCUGGAGCACGACACCAAGGGCAAUCGCAUCGCCUGGAAGGUGGAGAUCGAGAAGCUGGACUAUCAUCACUACCUGCCGCUCUUCUUCGACGGUCUGUGCGAGACGACUCACCCCUACGAUUUUUUCGCCCGCCAGGGUGUACACGACAUGCUGGAACACGGCGGCAGCAAAAUCCUGCCAGUCAUCCCUCAGCUCAUCAUCCCCAUAAAGAAUGCUCUGAACACCAGGAACAGACAGGUGAUCUGCACCACGCUGAAGGUCCUGCAGCAUCUCACCGUGUCGGGCGAUAUGGUGGGAGAAGCUCUGGUGCCGUACUACAGACAGAUCCUGCCCAUCCUCAACCUGUUCAAGAACAUUAACAUUAACAGCGGAGAUGGCAUCAUUUACAACCAGCAGAAGCGUGAGAACAUCGGUGAUCUUAUUCAGGAGACGCUGGAGGUGUUUGAGCGCUACGGAGGAGAGGACGCCUUCAUCAACAUCAAAUACAUGGUGCCGACUUACGAGUCGUGUCUCCUCAACUAACACACACACACACACACGCACACACACACACGCACACACACACACACCUGAGCCACACCUGAGCCUGAUGUUCCACCUGUAUGCUUAUAUGAAACUAGUGACCUGAUUUUCUUUAUUCUUCUGAGUGUCUUAAAGUUUUAAAGUUUUAAGUUGUCUUAAAAAAAAAUAACUGUCCUCUUUGUAAACAUUAAGUCAUAAAGUUUAGAAGCUCAAGCUGUAACCACAUGACUAGUGAAUACACUCUGGACUGGAACGUUCAAAAUAAAGCUACAGAU